UUCUUCCAGUCCGGUGCUCCAGCCGCGGCCACCAGCACGGUAGCUGGCGCAGAGCAGCUCAGGCGACCGGACGGGGCGGGCGUCCGCCAAGCAGCGCGGUACCUUCCACCGAGCGCAGCCCACAAGGGACUUUCCAGGAGAGUCUGGGGUCGUGGCCGUGAGCCUAUUCUGCCCUCCGUGAGACAGCGCUCUGUGCUGCCCAGUCGCCAUCCAGGAAGAUGAGCGCCUGUGGGAGGAAGGCCCUGACCCUACUGAGCAGCGUCUUUGCAGUCUGUGGCCUGGGCCUGCUGGGCAUCGCGGUCAGCACGGACUACUGGCUAUACCUGGAAGAAGGCAUAAUCCUUCCCCAGAACCAGAGCACGGAGGUCAAGAUGUCCCUGCACUCGGGCCUCUGGCGGGUCUGCUUCCUCGCUGGUGAGGAGCGAGGACGCUGUUUCACCAUAGAGUAUGUGAUGCCCAUGAACUCCCAGAUGACGUCAGAAUCCACAGUCAAUGUUCUAAAAAUGAUUCGCUCAGCCACGCCGUUCCCACUGGUCAGCCUCUUCUUCAUGUUCAUUGGGUUCAUCCUGAGCAACAUCGGGCAUAUCCGUCCCCACCGGACCAUACUGGCCUUUGUCUCUGGCAUCUUCUUUAUCCUCUCUGGCCUCUCGCUUGUGGUGGGCCUGGUGCUGUACAUCUCCAGCAUCAAUGACGAGAUGCUCAACAGAACCAAGGAUGCAGAGACCUAUUUCAACUACAAGUAUGGAUGGUCAUUUGCCUUCGCUGCCAUCUCCUUCCUUUUAACAGAGAGUGCCGGGGUGAUGUCUGUGUACCUGUUCAUGAAGAGGUAUACUGCUGAGGACAUGUAUAGACCUCACCCAGGCUUCUACCGGCCACGUCUGAGCAACUGCUCCGAUUACUCGGGUCAGUUUCUACAUCCAGAUGCCUGGAUCCGGGGCCGCAGCCCCUCUGACAUCUCCAGCGAUGCUUCCCUACAGAUGAACAGCAACUACCCGGCUUUGCUCAAGUGCCCAGACUAUGACCAAAUGUCCUCAUCUCCCUGCUGAGCCAGACCUAGCCUCCUCCCUACCUGAACUCUGGAUGGCUGGACAGCGUUUCCCUCUCCCCCUGAGCCGAGGCCCAGGCUGUUCCUUGCUUAGCCAUUGUUACUUGACCACAUCUUCUCCCUGCACCCAGAGUAGCUAGCAUCCUUCAGUGGGCAUCAGAGCCUGGAGUCAGAGACAUGCUGAUUGGCUGAGAGUAUGGGUGAAGCCCCGCCUCUAGAGUGCCAAUCAUAGCCAUGGGCUCCUGGGAAGCCUGCCACACCCCAUGCUGGGCUGCGCCGGAAGAUGCCUAUGUUCUAGUUGAGUUUUGUUCCUGCACUUCCGGGUUAGCCACGGCCAGGCUGGAGUGGCCGAGUCUCUGAUACAGACAAAGCCAGACUUGAACGCUUACCUACCAGCCUGGCUCUCCAUCCAUGAGCUGGACUGUGAGACCAAAAAGGUGACUCUGCUCCAGUGGUCCGGCUGGCUCCGAAAUCUCAAUCAGACUGUUCCUUUUAAUGUCAUCGGCCUCUCACCACAAAACAUAUCUCUCUGUGUAGCACUGCCCCUCCUCACCCCCCGCCCCCCGACUCUGGACCAUUCCCGA